AGGGAGUCGUAAAAUACCGGGAGGCGACACGAGAUGCACAACCGCGUCGGAUGAUUGCCUCAGCUCGGGCACGAGUGCUGAGACCUCACGCGCUGCAUGGCGAGGGACUUCCCAUGAGGUCAAAGCGGCGCAGGUCAUGCAAAAGGACUCGUUCGCUGUUUGGUCCAAAAAAUUUGAAAACUCAAUAAAAUUAUCCUGCACACAACGAAUCCAGUGUCAGCAGUUCGUUUUGUUUUUCUAAGUAAUAAUACUUUGUGCCUUGGCCUUCGAAGUAAAGGAUGAUGGAGCUUGACAGAGAUGACUGCCAAAGUGAUGAGUCCACCGUGGAAGAUGUAGAUGACGCCACGUAUUCACUUGGUGACCUGAGUUGUGGGGAUGUUCAGCUGUGGGCUACAGAUUUGGAAGUUACAUCUGCAGUGCUAGCGAAUCUGAUAAGCUACCUGCAUGCCACGGCUGCCGCUGCUAUCAGGAAAGCGUCAAUAGCACCAUCCAAAGCUGCUGAAGCCAUCCCCGAACCGGUGAUUGACGAUUUGUCUCACCUUGCUGAAAAGUACCAUGGUGGUUGGUGCUUGGUGGCCGUGCGGCGUGAGCUGGAAGGAGCAGGGUGUCGCAACGACAACUUGCUGCAGCUUAUACCUUUAUUUGGCAAGGAUGCCGUGACAAGCCUUCAGCCUUGUUUGGAGAAUUUUGGAGCCAUUCUCCAAACAUCUGAGCAUCAAGCGUUGCCCAGAAAUGACCAACCGCUCCGUGAAACCGCCGAUAGUGUGACUUUCGUCGCACAGAACCUUCUUCAGUUGGUCAGGUGA